AUGAAAAAUAUUUCAAGUGAAAGUGACCUUCUUGUGCUUCAAGACUUGGGCCUUCAUCACUCAUUGUUUUUCAUACUGGCUUUUGUAUAUAUUGUAAUUCUAUUCCUUAACAUUGGUGUACUGCUUAUCAUCACUGCAGAGAGGAGUCUGCACCAGCCCAUGUACUUGCUCUUUUGCAACUUGUCCGUCAACGACAUUAUUGGCAGCACAGCGUUAUUUCCCCAUUUGCUUUUUGACGCCGUCUCUAAAAACAGGUUCAUUUCUUACAACGCUUGUGUUGCACAGGUUUUUUUCGGACACACGUAUGGCUCAGCUUCACAAACCAUACUCAUUGUCAUGGCCAUUGAUAGGUACGUGGCCAUAUGCAACCCACUGCGAUACAGUGCUAUAAUGACCACAAAGGCUGUCGUAACCAUGUCUGUGUCUGCCUGGGCGAUCCCUGUUGUCUGUGUGGGUGCCUUAGUCGGCCUCAGUGUCAGAUUGUCUCGUUGUCGAUCACUCGUUCCAAAUUUCUACUGCGACAACGCAUCUUUGUUCAAGUUAUCAUGUGAAGACGUGUCUGUUAAUAACAUAUACGGGUUGUUUUACAGUGCAGCACUUUUGUCUUCAUCGAUGGGCACCGUUGUCACCACCUACACGAGAAUUUUUAUAACAUGCUGGAAUAAGAAAAGUGCAGAGCUCACUAGCAAAGCUCUUCAGACCUGUUCGAGCCACCUUGUAUUGUAUGUGACCACGCUACUGUGUGCUUACAUUCUUGUCAUCAUGCACAGGUUACCAGAAUCCCAACUGUUGAGACAAUUAUUUUCUUUUAUGUAUCCUGUUAUUCCUGGUCAUUUGAAUGCAAUUAUAUACGGCUUGCAGACUAAACAGUUGCGGUCCAAAAUUUUGCAAUUAUUUAGCGGGUGGAGAUCAAGUAUUGCAAGGUGUUAA